CUCCCGGGCCGCAGGAAUCACUCGGGCCGCGAGGUCCCGGGGCUGGGCAGGGAAAGGUCUGCCUUCCCACCUUGGCACUAACUGACGUUGGGAAAGAGUGUCAAAAGGUCGAGCUGUUGGCCUGGCUUCCAUCACUGGACGAGGAGCUUCCCGAGGACAGGCUCUGUCUUCAACCCAAAGUAGAAGAGGUUCCCUGUGGGGCAUGCAAGAGGUCACCAAGAAGGAAAGCCAUCGAGUCUUCUUGUGGAAAUUCAGGUCCUCUGAGUUCAAAGAUUUGUUUAAACCUCUAAAGUAGCAGGACCCAGUAUAUCCCCUCUGAACUCACAGGGAAGGCACCCCAGGGCUUCCAGGAUUACAAUGGAUGAGGAAGCUGAGGGGGACCUGGGGCUGGACAGGCCUGUGGCCUCCAGAGACUUUGGCUUUUACCACAUGGACCUGUAUGACUCUGAAGACCCACUACACAUCCUUCCAGAAGAAAACACUACAAUUAGGAGAGAAGCCGGCCAAGCUGAAAUGGGCAGCAAGCUGAGAGGGGUGGGAGAAGUGAAGGCUGGAAGAGACCUUCAAGGGCAAACGGACGAGCUUGUCCAGCUAUAUGGCCUUGAAGAUGACCAUGAGCUAGAGGAUGAGUUCGCCAAUGAAGACAGAAUGGAGGCUCCCGGAUAUCCUCCCUAUGGGGUGCAGAGAGACCACAGACUUAGCAGAGAGGCUGCGGAUGCUGACCAGCCGGGCUACGGAGGCUGGGACCCUGAAGACCAGUGCCAGGACUUGCGGGAAGCAUACCGCUACACACAUGGCCGUGCCAGUGAGGAGUACGAGUGCUAUGUCAUCCCGGAGGAGGAGGACGAGGAGGAAGCUGCCGAUGUCUUCUGUGUCACCUGCAAGACUCCGCUUAGAGCUGCAGAGAAUUCACAUGAGCACAAGGACCACCACGUGACCCCACUGGAGAAAGCACUGGAAAGCGCCAGGGAUGAAAUCCACAAGAACAUGUGCCAACUGGAAAAGCAGAUUAUCGACAUGGAAAACUUUGCGAGUCACCUGGAAGAGGUUUUCAUCACGGUGGAGGAGAACUUCGGAAGACAGGAACAAAACUUUGAGUCACAUUACAACGAGAUCUUGGAAACACUUGCUCAAAAAUAUGAGGAAAAAAUACAGGCUCUCGAGGAGAAAAAGAAAGAGAAGCUGGAGGCCCUGUAUGGACAGCUGGUCAGCUGUGGAGAAAGCCUGGAGACCUGCAAAGAGCUGAUGGAGACCAUAGAGGAGGUGUGCCAUGAGGACAAGGCUGACUUCUUAAAGGAUGCAGUGGCCAUGGCUGACAGACUCGGGAAGUUCCUGAAAACAAAGACAGAUGUGGAGAUCUUCACACAACCCGACUUCGAAGACCAGACCUUGGACUUCACUGAGGUGGAGCAGCUGAUGGGGGCCCUGAAUACUGUCCCAGCUCCCUCUGCUCCAGUGAUAAAUCGGCAGGCCCCCAACUCGGCCACAGACUCCUCUGUCCGGGUGUGCUGGAGCUUGUACUCCGAUGACACGGUGGAGUGCUACCAGCUGUGCUACCAGCCUGUGCGGGAUGGCCUGCCCCAGGAGGAUCACAUGGGGAAGGGAGAAUUUACAGUGACAGUCAAAGAAACAUAUUGCUCAGUCAGAAACCUUGAGCCAAAUACCCAAUAUGAAUUCUGGGUGAUAGCUGAAAACAAGGCUGGCCCCAGCCCAUGCAGUGAACGUGCCACAUACAUGACAGCCCCCUCUCCCCCAGUGAUAAAGUGCAAGGAGAUCAGGAGCUGCGAGGAGGCCGCUCUCAUCAGCUGGGAGUCCGGGAACCUGAACCCGGUGGACUCAUACACGGUGGAGCUGAUUCAGGCAGGAACACCGGAGGCCUCGGGCGUUACUGAGUCGGUUGUGGGCAUCCCAACCUGCGAGUCUCUGUUACAGCUACUGCCCGGGCAGUGCUAUACCAUCUACGUGCGGGCCCUGAACGUGGGAGGCCCCAGCGCCAGGAGCCAACCCGCCAUGGUCCACACGACAGGCAGUGUCUUCCACCUGAACAAGGAUACCUGCCAUCCCGCGCUGACCAUUGCUGAGGACGGGCUGACGGUGGUUCGAAGCGAAAGGAAAACCCCAGCCAGGGAGCCACCACCCAGCCAGACCCGGUUCAGCAGGUGUGUCGCUGUCAUGGGAAAUCUAAUCCCUGUCCGAGGGCGCCACUACUGGGAGGUGGAGGUGGAUGAACGCUCCAACUACACUGUCGGUGUGGCUUCUGAAGACAUCCCCAAACAGGAAGACCUCGGGGCCAGCCCCCACGCGUGGUGCCUGAGGCACACAUUCGCCUCAUCCAGGCACAAAUACGAAUUUCUACACAACAGGGAAACACCAGACAUAAGAAUAACAGUCCCACCGAAGCACAUCGGCAUCCUGUUAGACUACGAGAACCUGAAGCUGUCCUUCUUCAACGUGGACAAUGCUCAGCACCUGUACACCUUCAGCUGUGGGCUUCAGCAGCUUGUACACCCCUGUUUUUCUUUAGAAAAGCCGGGGUGUCUAAAGAUAUGUAAUGGCAUCUCGACACCCAAGCAUGCCACUUUCCACUAGGCCUUGCUGGCACCACCCUCGGUUCCUGCCCUCUGCUAGCCACAGUUGCCUUGGAUUUGAGCUCUGGUGCUCAUAUAAUCUGUGCUUGUUCGUGUCUGGCAGAUUAGCGUGCAGGUGUCAUUGCACCGGACCCAGAUCCAGGUCCCAUGCUCCCUCACCACGAAAGGGCAAUUCUUUUUUUUUUUUGGCCAGUCCUGGGCCUUGGACUCAA